AUGCUCGUUUGCGAUGGUUUGGCUGUAUCUCCUAUUGGAUGUAAGCUGUGUGCUCAUACUAUGCUGAAUUUCACUCUUAAUUCUGAUCGAGCGAGUUUAUCCUGGCGAAGCCUGCGUCGAAUGCGUGAUUCUAGCAAUUCAAUUUUAUUUGUAUUGGGCUCUAUUGUUCUUAUGUUAGCUUUUUGUGGAGUUAUCUACGUGUUUAUUCUGCGGAGGAGGGUGCAGCACGCACCUGUGAGAGUCCAGGAGAUAGAACUACCUUCAAAGCCAACUGUUCUUCUCUUAACUGCAGACGACUGUGAUGAGCAUACUGCUGUUGUGGUCUUGUUGGGUCGUUUUCUUGAGCGUCAUGCUGGAGUUACUGUACUUUUAGAUUAUCGCGAAAUGGAAAAUGCUGUUGCGGUUCCUUCGCGAUGGCUUGUUGAUUCUAUUUGCCGUGCUUCACGCGUGUUGAUUAUCGUUUCGCCGUGUUCUCAGUUUGUACUAAAUGGUCAAAACUUGCUGCAGCGGCGGCCAUUCCCUGAUCUUUUCGGGCCUGCAAUGGAUAUGAUCAUAAGAGAAUGUACAAGAAAUUCCGCUACCAAUAAAUACAUCAUAUGCCGUCUUCCUUAUUCACCACCUACUCCCACUCAACUUGUCCUUUUGGGGUUUUCUCAAGUGGAAGUGCCAUCGGAUCUUGCUCGCCUCACUGCUUUAAUUCAUUCGAUAGACAUGUACGAACUCAAUGAUGCGAGUACUUCCUCAUUAGAUGAGCUUGCGAAUGCUGUCGAGUCAAUGAAGAAAAUGAUGGAGGCCGAUUCAACGUGGAUUAAUCGUCGACUUGCAGAUGAGAAUACUGUGUCCGAUGUUGCUGAUGACUUUGUGGAAGUUACUGAGAAGAAGACAUUGCUGAAAACUGCUGAGGAAAGACGGCAAGCAGCCGAUCAGUUUGGAUUAUUGCCUCCGGAAGAAAACGAGGCGGGGACUGGCGAACCUUCGGAGUUCGCAUUGUUACCACCAGAUUCUUCAGAUGACGAUUAA